AUGGAAAAAUCUGGUGUUAGGAAAAGAAAAUCAAAAAUAAGCAAGUUUAGUGGCACAUCACCAAAGGCAGGAAAAUAUGAACAUUUAUUAGAACAGACAGUAGAGGAAUCAGAUGAGGAGAUUGACUUUGAUAGUAAAGUAGUUGCUGAAGCCAUUUGUCGCCUCAACACAUUCUUUGACAAGGACAAUUUAUUGAAACUAGAAAAAGUAUUAAAUACAUCAAGUGAUGAUGCUGAAUUGGAAAUUGGCCUAGGUGUUCAUAUGAUUUCAAAAUUAGCUGGGAAGGCAUCUACAAACAGAAGCAAGUGUAACUACAUCUGUCCCUGUGGUUGUGGCCAGCUUCUUCAAGGAAAUGAUAAGAUGUGGAUCGCUCAGUAUUAUGAAUGAAUAGAUGUUUUUUUAGCUCAUCUGUUUCAAAAAAAAUCAGGUUUUUAUGAUAGCUGCAGCAUCAUUGUUGUUGUAUAAAACUUAAAUGUAGAUCAUUACUAGAAGAAUUCAAAACAUGUUAAAGGUACAAGUUUUAUAAAUUUGAAGCUUGGAUUGCAUGCUUAUCAUGUCAAAAGAUAUUGGAACGACAAGAGGCGUUUUUCUGAAUGUUAAUUUUCUUAUUGUUAAUGCUGCUUUUUAACAAAGAUUUUUUUUAUAAAAUUGUCAACAUGAAAUUUGGAAUAUUUGAUUAUCAAUACAGUUGUAACACAAGG